AUGGCAUCCAUCGUUCGGUUCGCUCACAGAAGAGGACCCAUGGGCUGGACACACCAUGCCCUGAAGGUUCUGGAUCGCGAGCGGCAUCGAUGUGCUAGCACCCCUCUGCUGAGCAUGGCUGAUGGUAUGGUCCAGCCCAAGUUUGGUAGCAACGCCUUCGCGAUGAAUGGCUGUGGUGGUGGUGAUGGUAUUGACCUGUACUUCAAGGACGAGUCGGUUCAUCAGUCAGGAUCUCUCAAGCAUCGAUUGGCACGUAGCCUUUUCCUUUACAAGAUAUCCUCGGGUCAGAUCCGAGAAGGGACCACUUGCAUUGAGGCCUCCAGUGGAUCCACCGCCAUUUCCGAAGCCUACUUCGCUCGCCUGCUUGGGCUGCCCUUCAUUGCAGUCGUAGCAUCGACCACCGCCAAGAGCAAGCUGCGGUGCAUUGAGAGGCUCGGAGCCACAUGUGUGUUGGUCGAUUCUGCCGACCAAGUCUACGCCGAGGCGCAAGCCAUCGAGGCGAAGCUGAACCAGAGAAGCGGUGACUCCUUUGGAGGCCACUACAUGGAUCAGUUCACCAACGCCGAGAGAGCUACCGACUGGAAGGGCAACAACAACCUCGCGGAAGAUAUCCUCCACCAGAUGGAAGUAGAGCGACACCCGGUUCCCUCCUAUGUUGUUGUAGGAGCUGGAACCGGUGGUACGGCCACCACGCUGGGACGUUUCAUGCACUACAACGACUAUGACACCCAAAUCUGUGUCGUUGAUCCCGAGAACUCCGUAUUUUACGAUUGCUUUCGAACCGGCGACACUUCCCUUGUUCUGGGAGACGGCGACAGCAGCAUCCCUCCCGAAGAAUCAGGAAUUGUGCCCAAAUCCGGUCAUGGCCGAUCCAUGAUUGAAGGAAUCGGCCGUCCACGAGUCGAGCCCAGCUUUGUGCCCUCCGCCGUUGACACCAUGAUUCGAGUGCCCGACGCAGCUUCUUACGCUGCCAUGCACUUUCUCAACGACUUGGGAAUCAGUUCCAAUAUGCCCGGCGCAUCGAGCGGUACGAAUCUCUAUGGUUCCAUUGUCCUGAUCGAUGAAAUGCGACGAAACGGACAGGAUGGGAGCCUGGUCACUCUCAUCUGUGACCGCGGAGACCGCUACUUGGAUACAUACUACAACCAGGAGUGGCUGAGAGAGAACGGUUUUGAUCUGGAGCCUUACUUAGAGCAGAUCCGAAACUUCUGGGAGACGGGUACCCUGAAGAAAGUGGGAAGGUCGCACAGUGUUGCAAAGCACUAG